UAAUUAUCGUUUUUUACUUUCUCUUUUUCAGAAAUAUCCGCCAUUUCCUGGAAUAACGAUGUGACGAAAAGAAAACGAUUUCUUUUGAGGAAACGACAUGAAAUAGUGCGAAUCUUUAAAGAAAAACAUCCUUCAUGAAAGAAGAGAAAGUCGGAUAUAUAAAUAGAUAAAGAAGGGAAGAUAGAGAGAGAAAAAGGGAAAAAAGAAAGGGAAGAAGAGCUUUAACUAAGAAAAACAAAAACAAAAACAAGAACGAGAGAGAGAGAGAGAGAGAGAGAGAGAGAGAGAGAGAGAGAGAGAGAGAGAGAGAGAGAAGGAAGUACUAUAACAGAGACAGGCGAAGCGGAAUCCGAGGCCAAUCCGAGAUGGAAUUCGCCAUAAGCACGGACCCGAACGCGUCGACGGCUGCCGCGGCGGCCCCCCAGCGCUACAGCGAGGGCCUCCAGCUGCUCUUCGACGAGUCCCAGAACCUGACGCGGGGCUGGAUGGUCGACUUCGCGCCCCUCAACUGCUCGUACCUCAACUGGACGGAGGGGAUGAACGUGAGCAACUGCACAGGGGAGGUGUUCGAGGGGCGGGUGUUCCCCCUGCUGAACGAGACCGUGCAGCUGAUCACCCUGAUCUUCCUGGCGGUGGCCUUCGUGCUGGGCCUCUGCGGCAACACGCUCGUCAUCUACGUGGUGGCGAGGUUCUCCAAGAUGCAGACGGUGACCAACCUGUACAUCCUGAACCUGGCCGUGGCGGACAUCCUGUUCGUGGUGGGCAUCCCGUUCCUCAUGGCGACCACCGUCAUGGAGUUCUGGCCCUUCGGCUUCGUCAUGUGCAAGCUGUUCAUGAUCACGACGUCGCUCAACCAGUUCACCAGCUCGCUCUUCCUCACUAUCAUGAGCGCCGACCGCUACAUCGCCGUCUGCCACGCCAUCAGCGCGCCCAAGUUCCGCACGCCCAUGAUCUCCAAGCUGGUGUCGCUGACGGCGUGGAUGAUCUCGGCGCUCAUGAUCAUCCCGGUGUUCAUGUACUCGAACAUCCUCAACGACCACAACGACCAGGCCAGCUGCAACAUCUACUGGCCGGACGCCGUCGGGGUCAACGGCCACACGGUGUUCACGCUCUACUCGUUCAUCCUGGCCUUCGGCUGCCCCUUCGCCUUCAUCUUCAUCUUCUACACGCUGGUCAUCCUCAAGCUGAAGAGCCUCGGCCGCAAAUCCAAGUCCAAGAAGCGCAAGAACCACCGCAAGGUCACCAAGCUGGUGCUCACCGUCAUCACCGUCUACGUGCUGUGCUGGCUGCCCUACUGGGUGCUGCAGCUCAUCCUCACCUUCAGCAUGCCCCGCCAGGUGCAGAGCCGCGUCAUGAUCAUCUUCUUCCUGGUCUCGUCGUCGCUCUCCUACAUCAACUCCGCCAUCAACCCCAUCCUGUACGCCUUCCUCAGCGAGAACUUCAAGAAGAGCUUCCUGAAGGCGUGCACGUGCGCCGCGCAGAAGGACGUCAACAACGCGCUGGCGGCGGAGAACUCCAUGUUCCCGCGGCGGCGCGGCGGCUCCACCAAGCCCCCGGCGACUAAAACCCGCGACAUCGAGUCCAACGACGCCCACACGCACGUCGCCGUCAGGGAGGACGUCGACAUGCCCCUCUCCGCCGCUAUCCGCCGCCCGCUCGUGCCCAGGGACGACGCCUUCGUCAACGGGAGGCCCCUCACCACGCACCUCUAA